AUGUCAGAUAACCAGGCCGCCCAAACGAGCCUCCUCCCACCCGGUGCGUUUGACACCCACGUGCACGUCUUUGAUCCAAACUUGGGCCCCUACCACCCCUCGCGAGCCUAUACUCCUGCUGAUGCACCGCUUUCUGACCUUCUUGGAUUUCUCACUUCUUUGACAACAUCACGGAAAUCGACAAAUAUCGUCUUGGUACAGCCAUCACCGUAUAGAACCGACAACAAGGUUUUGCUAGCUGCCCUAGGUCAACUGCAACUCGACGCAUCGGUUAUAGCUAGGGGCAUUGCCGUGGUUGAUUUGGAUUCCGUCUCAGAGAGUGCGCUUGGAGAUAUGCAUGCUGCAGGAAUUCGUGGUCUUCGGCUCAAUCUACAGUCUGAUGGACGCGACGUUGACAUGGAGCUACUGUACAAGAAUAUGCACAAGGCUGCCAACUUAAUCCAGUCUCUCCCAGGUUGGAAAUUGCAAAUCUUUUGCCGCGGGUCAAUGUGGGAAAGACUGUAUUCCAUCAUUGUCGAUCUUCCUGUUCAAGUCAUUGCAGAUCAUAUCGGUGGUCUUUUGGGCUCUUCCAAGCUGCAAGAGGCGGCAACGCCCGCAGACGCAUUACAUCAGCCCGGCUUCCGGCAACUACUGGAUCUCGCGAGACUUGGGCGGGUAGUUAUCAAGGUGUCUGCUCUGUACCGAUCAUCAGAUGAAACUGCCACAACUUAUGCCGACAUGGCCCCAAUCAUUUCCAAAUUGGCCCAAGAGGCUCCCGACAGUCUGAUCUGGGCCAGUGAUUGGCCGCAUACUGGUGAGGGCGCCAACAGAGUAGGAGGUAAGAAUUUGGAAAAGAUUGAAGAGUUCAGGAAGAUAGACGACGCGGCCAUCUUGACCAAACUACGAGAAUGGGUUGGGGAUGAGCAAGUUUGGCACAAGAUGAUGGUUGUUAAUCCCAAACGAGUCUUCUAUUGA